AUGAGCGCAUACGGAUAUAACCAACAACCUGGCUACGGCAACCAAGGUGGUUAUCAGCAGGGUUAUCAACAGGGUGGCUAUCAGCAAGGACCACCUGGUGAUUACCAGCAGCAACACUACCGACAGGACAGCUACGGACAGCACCAAGGUGGCUACCAACAGCCUCAACAGCCCUACCCUCCCCAAGAUCGUGGCUAUGACAACUCUCCCGGCCCAUACCAAAACUAUCCUCCCCAAGACCGUCAACAAAGCCACAGCCCUUACCCCCCACAAGGCUAUCAACAAGGACCCCCGCAAGGCCACAGUCCCUACCCCCAACACCAACCACAAGGCGAAGCAUCAUCAUACCGUGACAUGGCCGACACACCCAACACACCAUACACAGGCUUCCCCGCCCCUCCUCCUCCAACCAGCUCCUGGGGACCCGGACCAGGUCAAGACCAAUCUGCACCCGGCGAGGCUGGAGAUGGAGAGCGAGGUCUGACCGGUGCUCUAGCCGGCGGUGCAGCCGGAGCCUUCGGUGGUAACAAACUCGGAGGAAGCAAGACCGCCGCUGUUCUAGGAGGUCUCAUCGGAGCCUUUGCCGGACACAAGGGUCAGGAAUGGAGACGUGAUCAUAAAGAGGAGAAGGAGGAGAGGGAGAAGCGAGAGGAGGCUGAGAUGAUGGCUAAACAUGAUGCUGAGAUGGCGUCUUAUGGUCGUCCUCGUUCCCGUUCUCGUUCAAGGUCCUCUUCUCGUCACCACCACCGCAGAGAUUACUCGAGGUCACGAUCGCGGGAUUCGGGAUGUCGUCGACGUAGACAUAGCCGUUCCCGAUCGCGUUCUUCUGAUUACCACCGUCGUCGCAGGGACUGUUCUAGGUCGAGAUCUUCUAGCCGACGUCGAUACUACCACUAA